GCUACCACAACAACUUGAGGAAACUAAAUGCAGCUGUAAGUAUCCUUAAUACUCAUCCCUCUUUGAUUCUUCUUCUUCUACUUCUCCUUCUUCCUGUUACCGAUACAAUUUGCAUGACUGAUGGAGAUCAGGAAAAUAUCCAGUUGCAAACGGAGGAAAAAGACCAUGAACCUAAAAGGUGAGCCCGGAGAAAAAAGCUUCCAUGGCUGAAAACCUCAGCCCGCGGCUCGUGAGCAGAUCACGGGCAUCGAUCUCGACAAGUUUAACAUUCCAUACACUUUUGAUGAUAAAUUCUUUUCAUCUCCAAUGUUUGGUUCUCCCACAUAGGUGGUGCAGGCCAGUGUCUGAACUCACACGCCCUGCCACAGUGCCUCCUUGCAACCUCGGCCGCCGGUUGCUGCAAUUUGGUAUUUAAUGACGAAGCGAGCCUUCCGUAACCAUAAAUAAGAUCCAUCUUUAUUUCGCUUUAGCAGAAGGUCAUUCACGUACGUCGAAGCAAAAGGCCUAAUCUGAACACUGUGUAACCUUUUCGAGAUGACCAUCCCACCACCUUGGAGGUUCUUCCCCCCUUGUACAUUCGUAAACUAUCUUGCUUUUCGCAUCUAUAAGAAGAGGCAAGGCAGCCCCACGCCAUCUUACUAAGUAGUACAGCAUCCGAAGCUUCCCUUGUUUCGAGUCUCAAGUGGACAUGCAGUACUCCAAGCUUUCUGGUGGAGAGCAAGAGCCACGCCUGAUCCACUCUAAGGUAAUCAUCACUCUAUCACUUUGCUGUUGUCGUCGUAGUUGCUGCUGCUGCUGCUUCAUUACUGAUCAUUUUGUAUCCAAGUUUGAGUUGGACGAUGAUGGAUUUCCACAAUUUAUGAUCCACUGUAAUAAGAUUAUUUCCAUGACUUCAAUCAUCAUCCACUUGCAAUCAAUCUAGACAUCCAGUUGUUACAAUUUGCUAUUUAAUGGCGAAGCAAGUGCUUAACUAAAAGAUACAUCUUUAUCUAUCUUUUGCAGUAGGCUGCUCAUAUAGCAUCAAAACCUGUGAUCCAUAUCUGUGCUUCUUGUUCUUAUUAACACCCCAUCAUCUUCUCGGAGGUUAUCCUGCCCUCGAAACCCAAAACUAUCCAUAUCUUAGCAUUUCCCUUCCACCCCAAGGAUGGUAGAAUAGAAGUCUGUUGUUUCGUGUUGCAAGGCAGUCCGAUCUUUUACAGAGCAAGAAGCAGGUCUCAUCCUUAAUUUGCAAGGUAAACUAUCAUUAUUACCAUCAUUUUUCGAGAAAAAAGACACACCGGCAUGAGGAGGCAAGACCUACUAAUGUCAAGGUGGGGUGAAGUACUCUCAUAGUGAUAUCUUUUCCGUUCUUCCAUUCUCUGCUGCUACGCAUGCGCGUAUGCAUGCUCCCCUAUGUUUGAUCUCGAAAACCAUCAUCGGUAUCUAUCGGUUAGCGCAUGGGCCACCUACUUUAAGAUCUGUGCAUUCAAGUCUUUCUUUUGAUUUCCUUACGUAAAGAAAGUCUCCGUACUGUUUCAUCAUUCCUAUUCUUCUUAUUGACGUAACAGCUGACACAACAGAAGGAUGAAGCGCUUCUAAGGGUGUCAUCGGACGUGUCGAUCAUGAACACCAACAAGAUCGUGGAGGAGCUGAAGGAGCAGGCGAACGGUAGCGACGUGCAGAGCGUGGAGUGCGAGUGCUGCGGGAUCUCCGAGGACUGCACUCCGAGGUACAUCAAACGGAUCAAGGAGUUCUUCCACGGCAUAUGGAUCUGCGGGCUGUGCUCGGAGGCGGUCAAGGAGCAGAUGAAGCGGACGCCGGCGGUCACAAAGGAACAAGCCCUGGAGACGCACAUGUCCCUCUGCAAGAAGUUCAACCGGACCACCCGGCUCAACCCCAAGCUCUCCCUGGCCGUCUCCAUGAGGGAUAUAGCGAGGAAGAGCUCCGAGCGCAGGACCAUCAAGGACGUGCCGGGGUCCAAGAUCGUGAGGGCGAUGAGCUGCGGUCCCAGAUUGGAUGUCAACAUCAAGCAGUCGCAGGUCCAGUGAUCGAUAUUUCCACGUCUCAUCUGCUUCCCUUACGUUGAGAGAUCGGUGAUGCGUUUCAUUGCGUGGGGGAGGUGGCUGAGUACUGUAAUAUACUACGGUAGUAGGUGUGUUUCUUGAUACCAUGUCUGCAGUCGGCGGUGUUUGUUGUGUCACAGCAGUUUGCACGCCAAGUCUGCGGACAUGUAUCAGCAGAUGCUUCCUUAGUGCAGCUUCUAAGUGUACUAAGUUGAUGGAUUAAUGCAUGGUUUGGUUUGAUA